UGUAAAAAAAGUAGAGUAGAGUCUAGUUUACCUUCGUGGACACGACCUUUCCCCAUAACCCCCAGGGUCCAUGUCACAAUCUAUUUGGAAUAGUAAAGUGUGGCAAGCGGAGCGAGACACCGAGCCCGAAGCGUGGCGAGCGUCCAGUGCUGCACAGCAAAAAAAAUAUUCCCCCAAACGAACGGAGAACGAAGAAGACAUUUAGGUGCUGUAAGGGCGGAAGUUCCCUCCUGCCCUCUCGUUUUGUCUCGUCCGGGUCCGUAGCACGAAGAUAACGCGAUAUGGUAGUGUAAGCAGUGUACACAGCUGGUGAUAGCCAGGUAUGGCGCCGGUACACAGAUCCCGGAGCCACAGCCCGGUCUCCCCCCGGAAGAGGCGCCGUGACAGUAGUGACAGGUCUCCGGACAGGAAAACGAGACGAUCCCGGGAACGGAGCAUCAGUAAUGGCCGCAGCCGCUCCAGAGACCGAGCCCCCUCCAGCAGCAGCAGCCGGUCGCAUCACAGCAAGCCGUGGGGGAGCUACUACGAGAAGGGGAAGGAGGAGAUGCUGCGGCAGAGGCAGGAGGCCUUCAUAGCCAGACGACUAAAUGAAAGGGAGAGGAUUGGUGAAUUGGGAGCACCAGAAGUUUGGGGUGUUUCACCAAAAGUACCUGAACCCGACUCUGAUGAGCACACACCUGUAGAAGAAGAGGAGAAAUCUAAAAAGUCCAGCAGUUCUGACUCCUCUUCAGAAGAAGAAAAGAAGAGGAGGAAGAAAAAAAAGAAAAAGUCCGCGAAAAAAAAGCGUAAAAGGCACUCAGAAGACAGUGAGAGCAGCUCGGAGUCUGAUAGUGACAAAGAUACAAAAAAGAAAUCAAAGAAAAAGAGAAAACACAGAAAGAAGAAGAAGUCAAAGAAAAAGAAGGGGAAGAAAGUCAGGAAGGAAUCCACCGACUCGAGCAGCGAAGAGUCCGAUGAUGAACAAACAAAGGAUGAAGAUAACUGGGUAGAAAGAACAAAAGCUAACAUAGAUGAUGUGGAUUUUGUUGGACCGGAAGCACCAAUAACGCAUCUAUCCCAGGAUGAUAAACCCUUAAACUAUGGACAUGCUCUGCUACCUGGUGAAGGUGCUGCAAUGGCAGAAUAUGUGAAGGCUGGCAAGCGUAUACCAAGGAGAGGUGAAAUCGGCUUGACAAGUGAUGAAAUUGCCUCUUUUGAGAAGUCAGGCUAUGUAAUGAGUGGUAGCAGGCAUCGGCGUAUGGAGGCUGUUCGUCUGCGUAAGGAGAACCAGAUUUACAGUGCAGAUGAGAAGAGGGCGCUGGCUUCCUUCAACCAGGAGGAGAGGCACAAGAGGGAAAACAAGAUCCUGUCCAGCUUUAGAGAGAUGGUUUACAGGAAAACCAAAGGAAAGGAGGACAAAUAACUUCUCACACUACACAACUUUUAUACAGCCCUGUCUGGCAUCUUUAUUUUCAUGUUGUCUAAGGAAGCACGGUGUAGACAUACGUCUUCUCUUCUGUUGGGACCUUCAUCAGUCGCUUAUUUUAUUAUAUGUUCAUACUUUCAUUGAACUUUUUAUUUUUCCAUUUUUUUUUUAUUUUUUAAAAUAACUUAUUUGCUAAAAAAAAACCUCAGGAAGCAUUGUGAAAAAUGUUCAAUUGAGUAUAAUCAACAAUCAAUUAAAGUGAACAGUUGCCUCCAAAUCCAGGCUCUGCUUUAUUUACAAAACCAUCUGCAAAAAUAAUACAGAUUGGGGCUUUCGGUUUAUAUAGAGUGCAGGAAAUUUUACAUGUAGGGGUACAGAGGCGAAAUAUCUAUGUUUAGACCAAGAAAGUUGUGGAUAUGAAGGAGAAAUACAUCCUGAAUCCAAGAGGUUUCUGUGACCAGAUCCAUUGUUACACAAUUUAUUAUUAUUUUUUAAACCUACAAAACUGGAUGUGUUCAGCCGGAAAGAGGUGUUGGGACAUUAAAUGUGUCAUCUGUAUUGUAUUUUAUAAGAAAUGGACUGUGAAGAAUUUCUUUGAUCCGUUAAUGAGGUGAUUUCUUUUAUGAAUAAAAUACUAUUCUAUGUA